GCACGCUCUUCUCCUUCCCCAGUACAGAAUCUUCCGUCUUUCAUGUUUACGCCGAAUCGUCGGCGCCAAUAGACAACAGAUACAUAUAUAUAUAUAUAUACACGUGGAGACGUGUAUACGCACACACACGUAAAAGGAACUCGUAAAUGGCAGGAAGCAAGGAACAGGAGUCUGAGAAUCUGAAGAGCGAAGAUUGCUCCUUCGUCUGGGAUGAUACCACUCAGCUCUAUUUCCAUGCCAGUACUGGGUUUUAUCAUGAUCCGAAUUCUGGUUUGUAUUAUAGUAGCAGAGAUGGUCUUUAUUACAAGUUUGAAAAUGGGAAAUAUGUGCUUCUGGAUUCCUCCAAGUUGUUUCAGGUUGAGGAAUGUCAAAUGUAUCCAUGUGAAGAAACUGUCUGGCAUGAUUCUGCUCAAGAGGAUGCAAAUAAGGAUAUACCUUAUAACCCAAAUGACAAUGACUUUACAUUUCAGGGAGAUGAAUCUGAAGCUUCCAAACGCAUAAAAACUGUUUGUGAUGAACACUCUGCAGGACCAACAGAAUACUCCACCAGUCAACCAACUGAAAAUCCUCCACCACCAUCAGAAUGGUUGGAAGAUACACUCAUCAAUCUUUAUUUGUCUGGCUACAAUGUAUUGGCAAAUACUGCUGCAGAGCCAAUGAUGCAUUCAGGCAUAGCUGAUGAGGAUAACUUCAAGUUAUCAGGGGAGAAUGACACUCAGGAGCUAGAAGAAGGUGAAUGGAUCCCAGAUGAUGAUCAUGAUUUGACUGAUUUGAGUGGAAGAGUAUUAGAUAAAGGUUUGUCAGUGGAAGAAGAAAGCUGGCAAGCACAGUAUGGUCAAGUGAUUCGAUCUACAGAGGAGCCAAUGCCUGGAUUUCCAGUUGUAGAUUUAUGGGACUGGGAAAUGGUCAUAGGGACUGGAAAUGGUAGAAAGCAACAGGUAACUAGGCUAGUUGGGCGACUGAUGAAACGAUCUACUAAGCUUCAUCCCUCUGUGCCUUCUGGUGGUCGCCUUCUAAAAACUGCCCCAAUAUGUGAAGUCCACCUAGAUCUGGUGCGAGUUACAACAGGGGUAGUGUAUAAGUUGCGGACUCCCAGUGUGAGACACUUGGAAUCAUUGUCAACUUACAAUUCCUCCAACCCGACUAAAGAUUGGGGUUUUCCUGAGUUAUCUGUUGAAUGGGAAAGUUCCACCACAUCUAAAUCUGAUGAAAAAGGAAAAUUAGCGAAAGAAAACAAAGAUGCUGGCUAUGAUGAUUUGGAUAAAUUAUCUGAUCAAGUUUAUGUACCUGAAAAGCAAAGAAAGCAUGCAUAUAGGGACAGGGCAGCUGAAAGAAGAAUUUUGCAUGGUGGCUUUGGUGGAGGUCCGGGGCAAAAGAGCAUGGUGGCUGGUGAUUUUGGUAAUCAAAUUUCUGCAUCUACCAGGGAGGAGGCUGCAGCUGAAGCCUUGGACAUGUCACUUGGAGCAGGUAGUUACGCAAGAAGGAUUCUAAAAGGCAUGGGCUGGAAGGAGGGAGAGGGACUUGGUAAAACGACAAAAGGUUUGGUGGAACCAAUACAAGCAAUUGGUAACGAAGGGAAUGCUGGAUUGGGUUGGCCUCGUGGCAGAACGAAACAGAGAUGAGGCGCCGAUGAUUGUUGUAGGCUGCCAAUGGCGUUACCGCUCGUUUUUUGUGAAAUGAGAAUAUAUAUAUUCGUUUGUAGUAAAGCAAUUAAACGGAUAUAUUCAUUUUUGAGUGAAAUAUGUUCAAAAUAAAUUCGUUUACGUGCUUUGGGCUUAUA